AACAGUUUUUAAGAGUUCUGAUUAUAAUUUUCAAAAUUUCAGAUUUAAAUCAACUGUCUUCUUCACUACGAUUCUUCACGGCGACUGAGAUUUUGAAAUUACAAGGAAGAGAGAGAGAGUGACUAGAGUAGACCUAGAGGAAUGAGCAUCUUCUUCAAUUAGCGGGAAUUCUAAUUUUUUUUUUUUUUGAAAUCAAUGGCGUCCGCUGACGACCUCCGUCUUCUCUCACUCAUCGACUCCACCUCCUCCGCCGGCGAAGAUGUCUUCUCCUCUUUCUCCGAUUACCUUAAACCUUUCUCGACUCUAUCAUCAACAACUUCCCGGAAUAAAAAACAAGACCGAGCAACUACCGUUCGAGCCCUAGCUAAGCAAUUCCUUCCUUUCCUCAACAAAUCGAUGUCGCUGCUGCCGAAACGCCUCUCCGUCGCCAAAUCUGACGACGGAGCUCGCGAAUCCGCCUUGGGUUUGUUCCGCGUUUAUGAGCUUUGCGUAGAUUGCUUAGAAUUGGUCUCCGCUCAGUUAGCUUGUAAGCCUCAUACCGUUCAGUCUCAGAGGCUGCGGAUGAUUUAUUGUCUCGAUGUUUGGGGUUUGUAUGAGAAUGUUUAUGCUGAAGGGUUUACGGUUCUGGAGAAGCUAAAAGGCGGCUCUGAUUGCAAAUCCCGGAAGUGCCUGUUGUUACCUGAGGUUCAGGAUGGUGAGGCGGAGCUGGCUUUGGUCGUUGUUGAUGCGGUGAAUGCAAUCAUUAAGGCUGUGGCAAUGGGUCAGCACUUAGAAGAUAAGCGGUGUAGGAAAGUCCUUCUUUUGAUCGAGGAGGUUAGACCCUGGUUUAGGGUCUUAGAUGCUAAGGCGAGUGAAAAGUUGCAGAGAGGGAUCGUGACAUAUAUGGGUAAAUGUGCUGUUUCCUUGGUUAAAGAGGCUGAACGUUUCGAUGAGGAUUUGGUGCUGUCUUUCUGCGACUUAACUGUGAAAGAACUCUAUAAAUCUGCAUUGUCAAAAGAUCGGAUUUAUAAGUUUGCUCGCGAGGUGCUUUCUGUUCUGUUCGGAGUGAAGUAUAGAAAAAUGUCAGUGACCAUUGACAUUUCAAUGGCUUUGUUGCGCAGCUUAACUUGUCAAUUUGAGGAUGAAAGUAAUGAGAAUUUAAUGGAAUUUUAUGACCUAGUCGCUUAUUGCGCUCACAAGUUUCGAGCAGCAGGAGACAUGUACUGUGCAAAAGUUUCAAAUAAAUUAAAUGAGAUGGAGCUUCUUGCCUAUGAAAAAAUGUUCUCAUUAAGUUCAAAUCUAGGUCAAGUAACGCGAAUCACGAUAGCAGAUAUCCUUUUGAACGAUGUUUAUGUCACUGAGGAUAUGCAUAUAGAGAGAGCAAGAAUCUUAAUAUGGAAAGCACGAAUGACAAGGACAUCUGGAACUGAACAUCUAAAUGAGUGCAUUUGUUUACUGUCAGAAGCAAUCUCUAUAUUGGACGAGGUACAUCAUGGGCCAAACAAAGAGGGUACUCCAUCUUCUCACAUGUUACCUAUUGCGUAUUGCUUGAGGGCUUUCUGUACCCAGGAAGCUGAGCCAAACUCGAAGAUAGAACGGGAAUGUCACACGAAUCUGGAUGCGGCUGAUUCUUGUACAACUUUGUACUCACUGUUAUUAUCUUCUCCACAAAAGUCAAAGCGUGGUAUCGGAAAAAUCCUAGAGCAGGAGCUUCUUGCCUAUGAAAAAAUGUUCUCAUUAAGUUCAAAUCUAGGUCAAGUAACGCGAAUCACGAUAGCAGAUAUCCUUUUGAACGAUGUUUAUGUCACUGAGGAUAUGCAUAUAGAGAGAGCAAGAAUCUUAAUAUGGAAAGCACGAAUGACAAGGACAUCUGGAACUGAACAUCUAAAUGAGUGCAUUUGUUUACUGUCAGAAGCAAUCUCUAUAUUGGACGAGGUACAUCAUGGGCCAAACAAAGAGGGUACUCCAUCUUCUCACAUGUUACCUAUUGCGUAUUGCUUGAGGGCUUUCUGUACCCAGGAAGCUGAGCCAAACUCGAAGAAAGUUUUUCAAGAUAUUAGAACUUCACUAAAUCUCUGGCUGAGGAUUCUUAGCCUAGAUGAUAGUGGGGACAGUCUACCAACAGAGAACAUAAUUCCGUUACUGUAUAAUAUGAUUGAUUUGAUGUCAGUGAAGGGAUGUACAGAGCUCCAUCAUCAUAUAUACCAGCUGAUUUUCAGAUUGUUUAAGUGGAAGAAUGUCAAAUUGGAGGUCUGCCUUGCAAUGCUGUGGGAAUGUAGAAGGCUUAGUCAUGCCUUAUGCCUUUCCCCCAUAAGUGAUACCUUUAUCCGUACCUUAUCAGAGAAUUGUGGUGACAAAUCUACAUGCAUUAAUUUCUGGAUAGAUUGCUUGAAAGAUUCAAAAGCAAAGUUAAUUGGGUUCCAGCAGAACUUCCAUGAUUUACAUAAUAAUUACUUGCGUGCCUCCAAUAAAGAUGAAGGCCCCUUUCAAUCAGACAUCACAACUGAUGAUAUUAAAGAUGCAGCUUCAGAACUCAUUUCAAGUGCUUCACUCUCUGGUACUUCAUCUUUUGUAGCUGCAUAUCUCUAUUAUGAUCUCUGUGAAAGGCUCAUAUCAUUUGGAAAACUUUCUGAGGCUCUUUCAUAUGCAAAAGAAGCAUAUAGGAUACGGACUCUUAUAUUUCACCAGAAAUUUAAGUAUUCAGCUGAGAAGCAGUUCGAAAAACACAACGACGCUGGAAAAAUAUCAAAGAUACGGACUUUUGGCAUAAAAAACUUCCAAGUCUACGGAUGGGUAGCAACUGAGUUUUGGCCAUGUGGAAAUUUUCUCUGGGACGUCAAUUGCUGCUACCUAAGUCCUUGGAGUGUACUCCAAUGUUAUUUGGAAAGCACCCUUCAGGUUGGAAUUCUUAAUGAUCUAAUAGGGAAUGGACUGGAGGCAGAAACCAGUCUAUCAUGGGGAAAAGCCAUUUCAUGCUCGCAAAGUCUAUUCCCUUUUUCAGUUGCAUUUUCUUCUGCCUUAGGAAAUCUUUACCACAAAAAGCAGUGUCUGGGUCUGGCAGAAAAGGAACUCCAAAAUGCAAAGGAGAUAUUAAUUGCUAAUCAGCGAGAUUUUUCGUGCGUCAAGUGCAAACUGAAGUUGGAAGUUACAUUGGAUAAACAACUUGGAGACAUAUCUCGGAAAAAAAUUGAUAGAGCUUCCCAGACAGAUGGCUUCUUGCAUGCUGAAAGCUUGUUUAGUACUGCCCUGGGAAAAGUCUGUUGCUCAGCAUGGAAAAGCUGCAUCAGAUCACAUGGGGAAGAAAUUGCUGAGGAAAUAGUGAUUGAUAGAAAUGGAGGGGAAGUUUUAGGACAUAAAUUAAGUAAAACAAAACUCAAUAUAAAGGAGCCAACAGGAAACAGAGCCUCCAGAAGGGGUCGAAGAGCUAUCCCAACUUGUUUGUCAAAGGACAAGGAUUUGAUAUCUGAGCCAACGUCAAGGUUGACUCGAUCUAUGCGUCAGUCACUUAAAGAGCAAUGCCAAAACCUUUCCAAUGUGCCUGAAGUUAUGUCAAAUAACUCUAAUUUCUGUGAUAGAUCUGAUGGUACUAGGGGUGAAAGGGUGUUCUUGGACACAAAAAAUGCAGUCCUUGGCUUUUGCAUUUGCUACAAAGAAAAAUGUCAGCAGUGCCUCUCCGAAGAGGCAACAGGAUCUGGGUCUCUCAACAAUUUAGUUAGUUUGAAAUGGGAACUCUGCCAUAGGAAGCUUGCGUCCUCAAUACUUGUUAGCCUUGGAAAAUGUUUGGCAGACUCUGGUAGAGUUCAUCUAGCUCAUGAGGCUUUACUGCAUAGUAUCUCUGUUUUAUUUAAAAGCAACUGGUCCAGCCACAACCAGCCUUCUGUCAGUCAGCUGCUGGAGUUUAUUAGGAAAGAAGUUGCAAGAGAUGUAUUCGCUGUUGAUCGUGCAGUAAUACUAUACAACUUGUGCUGGUUGAAUUUGCGGAAUUACCACUGCAGGGAGAGUAGGUCUAUUUGCUGUGAUCUGUCUCAUAUUCCUUUCACAAAACUGGUGUCAUGGUUAAUGUUAGCAUUUGUACUCAGCAGAGAGGUUCCAAUAUUAUUUCAAAAGGUUUCAAGAUUGCUUGCCUCUUUAUAUCUGCUUUCUUCAUCGAGUGCUGAAUUCUCAUUCGAAUAUGAUGGAAAUGAGCUAUCAGCAAGUCAUUGGGUCUCAUUUUUCCAUCAAGCCUCGCUUGGUACCCAUAUCAGUUACCAUUUCAUUUCAAGUCUGAGCGGAAAACACAAAUCACGGUGCCUCUCAGAUAAAGAGUGCACAGAGGCUACUUGCUCGAGCUGCAUGGUUCCUGAGGAUUUGGACUUACCCAGGCUUGCUCCUGAGCGUACUGAAGAUCUUGUACAAUUUGCUAGAGAAUUUUUCAUCAAUCUUCCAAGCUCUACAAUCAUCUGCAUUAGUUUGCUUGGAGGUGCUUUAAACCAACUGUUACAGGAGCUAAUGCACAUUCGUUCACCUGUUUGUGCCUGGGUGCUCAUAUCACGCCUAAACCCAGAAAGCCAACCGGUUGCCACACUUCUACCUGUAGAUUCGAUUUUAGAAGACAUGUCAGAUGACAGUGCAAAUCUUAGCUCUACGAAAGCGACUCAAGUCGAGAGUUUAAAAGGGCCCUGGCUUUGUCCAUGGGGUGCCACCGUGGUUGAUGAGGUAGCUCCAGCAUUUAAAUCAAUAUUGGAGGAAAGCUACGCAUCAUCUUCUACUCCUAGAGAAGACACAACAGAGAGUAGAUGUCUGUGGUGGAAAAAGAGAAAGAAACUUGAUCAUCGCCUGGGAAUAUUUCUAAGGAAUCUAGAAGCUUCCUGGCUGGGUCCCUGGAGGUGUCUGCUUCUUGGAGAAUGGUCGAACUACAAAUUGCCUGACUCAGUGCAGAAAAAGCUGGUAAAUAAUCUCAAGUCCAAGUGCAAAAUGGAAGUAAAUGAGAUGCUUUUGAAAGUUAUUCUUGGUGGUGGUACGGAAAACUUAAAAGGAGAAGCAUGUGUUGCUCAGCUUUCUUUAAGAAAUGGUUGCUAUGUGGGUAGAGGGGGAUAUCUUUACGAAGAAGAUAGCUGUAAAACUCCUACUGCUGCAUCUAAUAUAUCUGAAAGUAGGCAUGAAUUGGCCUUAAAACUGAUACAUGACGCAGCAGCCAAACUAGGGCAACAAGACGAACAUGAAAACAGAGAACCUAUCAUUCUUGUGUUAGAUCCCGAGGUUCAGAUGCUUCCUUGGGAGAAUAUUCCAAUACUAAGGAAACAAGAGGUGUACCGCAUGCCUUCUGUAGGUUGCAUAUCUGCUGUGCUAAAGAAGCGCAGUCUCCAAGGAGAGCCAGCAAGACCUCAUCUUGAUUCCUUCCCCCUUAUAGAUCCGCUAGAUUCAUUUUACUUGUUGAAUCCUGGUGGUGAUCUCCCCGAAACACAAGACAUGUUUGAGAGUUGGUUCAGAGAUCAAAACUUUGAGGGGAAAGCUGGAUCAGAACCAAGUGCUACAGAGUUGACAGAAGCAUUAGAAAAUCAUGAUCUCUUUCUUUACUUUGGUCAUGGAAGUGGAGCACAGUAUAUACCGAAGCGUGAAAUAGAGAAGCUAGAUAACUGUUCUGCAACUUUCUUAAUGGGAUGCAGUAGUGGUUCACUAUGGCUAAAAGGCAGUUACAUUCCAGAAGGCAUACCACUCUCAUAUCUCCUAGGUGGAUCUCCAGCCAUUGUGGCGACUUUAUGGGACGUAACAGACCGAGACAUUGAUCGGUUUGGGAAAGCGUUGUUGGAAGCAUGGUUGCAAGAGAGGUCAGAUUCCUCAUCAGAGGGUGGGUGUAGCCAGUGUGAGUCAUUAGCUAAUGAACUCGCAGCCAUGAAUCUAAAAGGAAACAACACCACCAAGAGGUCAAGGAAACCGUCUUCGCGGAACAAGCCAGCUCCAUCAAAUGUUGAUGAUGGGUCAGGGAAGAAGAUUGAGUGCAACCACAAGCAGAGACGUAAAAUCGGUUCAUUUAUAGCCGCAGCUCGAGAUGCGUGCACCUUGCAACACUUGAUUGGGGCUGCACCGGUCUGUUAUGGUGUACCAACAGGUAUCACAAGGAAAAAAGGAAUCGAUUCUCUUCUUCCUUCUUCAUCGUGUUAGUUUGGUUAGAGAGCAUUUCCUAAUAAGUCCAUUCUUAACUUGGAAUCCUCAUUGUCUGGUCAUAUAACGAUUUUGAGGGAUAUAUAUUUAGGAGUUAGGACUUUUAAAUCAUAGGAUCAUAUGACAACACAAGAGAAGAGAAGAAAAGAGACUCUAGAGAUAUAUAUGUAUUCAUCCCUUCUUUUAUAUAACAAAUUGUAAAAAGAAAUCACAUGGUGCACAUCCUUCGAAUUUUAUGUUAUAAAAGUGUCAGUAAUUUAUGAUCAA